CACCGCCUACCGCGCUGCCGAGUCACUAGGCUAGGUGGAGCAUGAACUGGAGGCGGGGCGUGUGCCUGAGUGACGCAGGCGCAGUGAGACCCCGGAGGCGCGGGCUGCCCCCUCCGCGGGUUUGGAUCCGGGUCAGUCAGGCGCAGCGAUCGGGGAGAGACGAUCUGAACCGACGGGAGUGGAUCCCCGGAGUGCCCCAGCUGCGAGGAGUAUUAACAGCAACAUCCAUAGUAGCGUAAAAACUUUCACAAUGAAAUCUGAAGCCAAGGAUGGAGAGGAGGAGAGUCUACAGACUGCUUUCAAGAAAUUAAGAGUGGAUGCCUCAGGGUCCAUAGCAUCUCUGUCUGUUGGAGAAGGCACAAAUGCCAGAGCAUCGGUCAGAACAGCAGCAGAUGAUGCCAAACUGAAAACCACAUGUGCAUCGAAAGACAGUUGGCAUGGGUCUUCAAGGAAGUCUUCACGAGGAGCAGUGAGGACCCAGCGCCGUCGACGUUCUAAGUCUCCUGUCCUUCAUCCUCCAAAGUUUAUACAUUGCAGUACAAUAGCUUCUGCUUCCAGCAGCCAGCUCAAGCACAAAAGCCAGACUGACUCCCCUGAUAGCAGCAGUGGGCUGGGAAUUUCCACCCCUAAAGAGUUCAAUGCAGGAGAAUGCUCUACUUCUCUCGAUACUAAUCAUACAGGGGCAGUUGCCGAGCCUUUGAGAACUUCGGUUCCCAGGCUCCCAUCAGAGAGUAAGAAGGAAGACUCCUCUGAUGCUACCCAAGUCUCCCAAGCAAGUCUCAAGGCCAAUGAUCUCUCUGACUUUCAAUCCGUUUCCAAGCUAAACCAGGGCAAGCCAUGUGCAUGCUUAGGCAAGGAGUGCCAGUGUAAGAGAUGGCAGGACAUGGAAGUUUAUUCCUUUUCAGGCCUGCAGAGUGUCCCUCCCUUGGCCCCAGAACGAAGAUCCAUGCUUGAGGACUACUCUCAGUCGCUCCACACCAGAACUCUGUCUGGCUCCCCCCGCUCCUGUUCUGAGCAAGCUCGAGUCUAUGUGGAUGAUGUGACCAUUGAGGACUUGUCAGGCUACAUGGAAUAUUACUUGUAUAUUCCCAAGAAAAUGUCCCACAUGGCAGAAAUGAUGUACACCUGAUAGCAAGAAGCUCAUUAAUAUGCUUUAAACCAAUGAAGGGUUGUCAGAGAGAUUUAGUUAAUGGCAGACCUUGCGGCCACGUUGUGUGAGAAGACGUCUCCUUCUGCUCACUGUGCUUGCAAUAAAAACUUUUCUUGGCAUCUCA